UUCUCAAAAUUCAAUAGCACCGUAAUUAUCAAUUUCUCAUUUUGCCCGUGAACCUCCCUUCCAUUCCCAUGUGAUACUUGUCCUCUUCUUCAACCCCACCACAGACCCCGAUCCCAUUAAUCAAAUUGCUGCUUCAAUUAUAAACCUCAUUUCGGUAUCAUUACCUGUACCAGUCUCCAUUCAAAGCAAAAAACCACACUCCAACCCACCCCACUAUCACGGGAAAAAGAAAAAAUACCCAACUUUUCACUCGGUGGCUACUACCUCAACUUCCAAUAACCUGAAUAAUUAUCCCAUCUGCUAAUCCUGUUCCUCCCCGUGACUUCACUUCCCCUUUUGUCCCAUAUCAAACAAUUCCCUCCCCAAUCAAUACGCUCCAAGAUUUGUCAUGAUGCAGCACAGAAAAUCUGUAAAAAACCAUCCACAAUCAGUGUUAAUCCCCACCAUUUAUAAUUUCAAACACUCUGGGAAUUUGAGAUUUAUAUUCAUUUCAAUGGCUUCUCUUCUUUCGUUGAUCCUUUCUUUGCUCCUCUUCUUCUACCUCUCUUCCUCCGUCUCUGGCCGCCAGGAGACCCAUAAACCCGCCGUGAAACUAUCCCCUCCGAACACUUCUGAUAACAUUAUUCGUGAAGCCUGUAAGGCAUCGCGUUACCCGCCCACAUGCGAAGCCUCGUUGGUUCAAUCCAAUCACGUCCCUCCAGACGCCACUAUUCUGCAAGUGAUUCAAUCUGCCAUGUGGGUUUCGGCCCAGAAUCUCGAGAAGGCGAAAUCAAUGGUAAGGGAAAUCCUGGACGCGUCCAUAGGUAAUCAAAACCGGUUGAACGCAGCGAAAACUUGCCUGGAGGUGCUUCAUUAUUCGGAGUACCGUAUGGCUUUGACAAAUGACGCUCUGCCGCGUGGCAAGAUCAAGGAUGCGCGUGCUUGGAUGAGCGCGGUGUUGGUGUUCCAGUAUGACUGCUGGUCGGCUUUGAAAUACGUGAACGGCACGUCCCAAAUCGGUAAAACGAUGGCGUUUUUGAAUUCUCUGAUUAGAUUGAGCAGCAAUGCAUUGGGAAUGAUGGUUAAUUACGACAAUUUUGGAGAGAAAACCAGGUCUUGGGGCCCACCCAAGACAGAACGGGACGGGUUCUGGGAGGGAAGGUCGGGUUCUUCCGGGUCCGAGUUCGUGGGCGGGGUGCCUAAAGGGCUGAAACCGGACGUUACGGUGUGCAAUGGCGGCAGGUGCCAUUAUAAAGCGAUACAGGAUGCAGUGAAUGCGGUGCCGAAGAAUGCUGGGGUGGGGAACCGGUUUGUUAUAUGGAUUAAGGCCGGGGUUUAUGAGGAAAUGGUUCGGGUCCCUUUGGAGAAGAAGAAUGUGGUAUUUUUGGGAGAUGGCAUGGGCAAAACGGUCAUUACUGGUUCGAUGAAUGCCGGUCAGCCUGGGAUGUCCACCUAUAAUUCCGCCACUGUUGGAGUCGCUGGUGAUGGAUUUAUGGCGAGUGGUCUCACUAUCCAGAACACGGCUGGACCUGGUGCUCAUCAAGCAGUAGCCUUCCGGCUAGAUAGUGAUCUUUCCGUUAUAGAAAACUGCGAAUUUCUUGGCAAUCAAGACACACUAUAUGCCCACAGCCUACGCCAGUACUACAAGUCGUGUCGCAUCCAAGGAAACGUAGACUUCAUAUUCGGAAACUCAGCUGCAUUUUUCCAGGACUGCUUCAUCCUAGUUGCCCCUCGGCAAAUCAAGCCAGAAAAGGGCGAGAACAAUGCUGUGACAGCUCAUGGUAGAAUUGACCCUGCCCAAUUUACAGGUUUCGUGUUUCAAAAUUGUAUAAUCAACGGAACUGAAGCAUACAUGGCUCUGUAUUAUAGGAAGCCUAGUGUGCAUAAGAAUUUCCUCGGUAGGCCAUGGAAGGAAUACUCGAGAACGGUUUUUAUGCACUGUACUUUGGAGGAUCUCAUUAAACCAGAAGGAUGGAUGCCUUGGAGAGGUGAUUUUGCUUUGAAAACUCUUUAUUAUGGGGAAUUUAAGAACUACGGGCCAGGAGCUAAUGCAUCACAACGAGUCGCGUGGAGGAAUUUGAAACUCGAAUGUGAGGAAGAAAAAGAACUGACUAAGAACUUAAAGCCAUGA